AGAAGAUGUGGAAAUUGAAGAUUGCGGAAGGGGACAAUCCCUACUUGUAUAGCAGCAACAACUUUGUUGGCCGCCAAACUUGGGAGUUCGACCCAGAUGCAGGAACACCGGAAGAUCAACAGGAAGUCGAAAAUGCUCGUCAAUAUUUUCUAAACCGACAAAAGGAAGGUUUUCAAGCGUCCAGUGAUUUGCUCAUGCGGAAACAGAAACAAUUUUAA